AUGGAAGCCUCCCGCCGACUGUGCUUGCUCGGCAACCCCGAUCCGGCCACGGGCCCAUUUCUAGGAUCUGGAAAGACCCUGGCGACGGGUGGCCCGGCGUUCCUCGUCGGCAGCUACGUCCUCGUGUCGGUUAUGACCUAUUUAGAUGCUGGCGUCGCUUGCCGAGAUCUCGGCUUACCUCCCGCCUCCAGGUGGGACCGUGAGCUGCUACGGCGGACGCUGCCGGUGAACGAUGCUGCAUGGAUCAGUAUCAUGGUCGUGGCCGUGGUAUGGCUCAGUGUCCUUCCCGUCAAUUUCUACGGCGAGUCCGAGUCCUGGUUCGCAAGCCUCAAGGUCAUCACCAUCAUCUGUCUCCUUAUGCUAUCCUCCAUCCUGUUCUGGGGUGGCAGCCCGAGUCAUGGCAAGCUCGGAUUACGGUACUGGCAGAACCCCGGGGCCUCAUCUUGCCUCGUCUCCGGGGCAUCGAAUGCAGCCGCCUCGCUUUGGGUGGUCGGCAUUCGCAACGCUGGAGUCCCUGUUCUCAACCACAUCGUGAAUGCUGUCAUUGCCACGGCGGCCUGGUCAUCGGGCAACUCGCCCCUCUACCUCUCCAGCCGGUCCCUAUACUCCACGGCGCUCCACGGCGCCGCGCCCAGGACUUUUGCCAAGCGCACCUCGAGCGGUGUCCCGUCUAUGCCGUUGGUGCGAGCUCUGCUGAAGACCCGUUCAAAGCUGCAGCUUGUCGGAUCGUGGAUCUCCCUGUGGUCAGUGUUGUCGUCGGACUUUCUUUCUGCCUACAUCGGACUCCCGUCGUUCGCGAUCAUCCAUCUCGUCCACCGAACGUCGCACAUGGUUGACCUAGACGGUGGGAUGGCAGAGCUCGAAGCGGAAGAACUUUGCCAGCCAGAGCCUGUGAGCUCCUGGGCCUCUUCCAGGGGAAUCAUGGCGAUGGUGCGAGCCUGA